AUGCCUCAAAUCCUUGUUUUUCCCGUUUCAACAGUCGCCUUUCUGGCGGUCUUGGGAGGAGUCUCUGCUGCACCGACUGCCAGCUGCUCUGCGCAUGUAUCUGCUCCGACGGGCGCAACUUUCGCGUCAGGCUUUGAUAUCACAACUAGCUGGGGCAACCUCAGUCCAUACAAGGAUGCGCCCGGGUUCAAUGUAUCAAACGGCGUCCCCCGAGGCUGCGAGCUAUCCCAGGUGCACGUCCUGCACCGACAUGCCCAGCGGUACCCCGUUUCUUCCCUCCUAGAUGGCGGGGGCAUGGAAGCGUUUGCGCAAAAGGUGAAGAACUAUAGCAAACUGCACGACGGCAGAGUCGGCAAAGGGCCGCUGGAUUUCCUCAAUCAGUGGGAGUACAUGCUUGGCGAAGAUACCUUGCAGGUCACUGGUGCCGCCACAGAGGCGACCUCUGGGGCCAGUAUCUGGGCGAAAUACGGGAGGCUGCUUUAUCGCGCUGGGCCAGGAGUCGCCGCCUGGGAUUCCUCCCUGAAUGUAUAUCCCAACGGGACUGCAAGACCGAAACCGAUUUUCCGGACGACGUCGCAGGCUCGGAUCUUGGAAAGUGCUCGAUGGUGGCUGAGCGGCUUCUUUGGCAACACCGGUGCAAACAGCUCCUAUGCCGAGUACGACCUCGUCAUCAUCCCCGAGGGAGACGGUCUCAACAACACCCUCGCCUCGGACCACGCCUGUCCAGGGGAUAAGUCAGAAGGGACUACCUCCGCCAAGAAAUUCAUCCCCAGGUUCACGAAACCCGCCCUAUCCCGUCUAGCCCGCUUCCUUCCCCCAGACUUCAACCUCACCCCGUCCGACAUCACUUCCAUGAUGAACCUCUGCCCCUACGAAACCGCCGCCCUCGGCACCAUCUCCCCCUUCUGUACCCUCUUCACCGAGCAAGAAUGGCACGACUACGCCUACAACGUCGACCUUCAAUUCUACGGCAACUACGGCCUCGGUGCCCCCAGCGGCCGCGCCCAGGGGAUAGGCUACGUCCUCGAGCUCGCGUCCAGACUUGCGGGACGCCUUAUUCCCACCAGCGACACAAGCAUCAACUCUACCUACGACAACAACGCAGCGCAAUUCCCGCUGCACCAGCCCCUGUACAUGGACAUGUCACAUGACGAUGUCAUCGUUGCGGUCCUUGCGGCGCUGGGACUGGAGUAUUUCAAGUAUGGAGAGGAUGGCCUGCCAGACGAAAUUGAGCAUGCGCCCGAGCGGACAUUCAGGCUUAACGAGAUCGUGCCGUUCGGGGCGCGGCUCGUCUCGGAGGUGUGGACGUGUCCGGCGGGGCCGAAGAUGAGAUUCAAGGAGUUGGACGCGACGCUGUAUACGAAUCCGUCCGUGAGGGGUACGGACUAUAUCCGGUUUGUGUUGAAUGGGGCGCCGCUGCCGACACAGGGGUUGGUGGGCUGUGAGCGUGCGGAGAACGGGUUCUGUGCUCUGACGGAUUUUCUGGGGGGUGUGGCCAAGUUAAAGGAGAAGGCGAUGUAUCAGGUUGCUUGUUUUGGGAAUUAUACAACUGGGCAUCAAGUUGGGGAUGGACGGCCUGAAUAG